AUGCCAUUCCCCGUGCGCCUCCCGCCGCCAUCAACCACCGCGGCCGCUGCCGCUGCCACCGUCGGGGCCGUACUCGCCGCCGUCGCGCUCCGCCGCUACCUGUCCGCUUCCCGCCACGGGCCAUCCGCCCGCGUGUCCAUGUCCGUGACCGCCGGAGCAGCCACCACGCUCGUGGCGAACUUUGCAAAGCUACUGGUGGGCGUUGCCGACGUGCAGUUCAAAGGGAGAGGCCGUUCAAAGCAUGUGUGGGAAUCGCCACCAGGCUGUCUCAUGUUCUCUUUUCACAUCACAGAUGAUGGAUGCACAGAAGUUGCCCCUUAUGCAAUAUGUUGUCUGCCUUUCUAUAACCGAAGCUAUCAAGGAGCUAUGCCGUGCCAAG